GAUUUUUUUUGUUUACCUUUUGUCUUUGCAAGCACUCUUUAAAUCGCUAUGGCCGCACUCACAAGGCAGAUGCCAGGAAUUAGACGCUUGGUAGCUCAAGUCCGAUUAUCACACUCAGGCACUAUACCAAGCGGUGGAAAGCAAAUUCCCUCUCCACGUGGCAAGACAACUGACGUUGAGUCCUUUCUGAAGCACGCUGGACGUGGCAGCGAGGAAUUUGCCUCAAAGUUUCAAGACUGGCAGCAGCUUUUCAGUGUCUCUAGUCGAGAUUUGAAAGAGUUUGGCAUUCCUACAAAGACGAGAAAGUUCAUUCUUUCUCGAGUUGAAUUUUAUCGCCAAGGAAUUGAUCCACAUCCAAUGGCCGUUAAGAAGCCCAAGAAAAAAUAGAUAAUUGUAAAUAAUCAUAGAAACUACUAGACUUGUACCAAUACCACCCUGUUUUCAUAAAUCAUACCUAUUGCCCUUGCAUUUGAAAAGAUUUUUUU